GUUGGUUAAACAAUUAGAGCUCCUUACUGGGUUUUGGGUCUGGGUUUGCUGUCUGUGAAAUUGUAACGGUAAAAGUAAAAUUGCUGGCAAUAUGUCUCAAGGUCUAACAGACGUUCUGGUGGAGUGGAAAUGUCUGGAGGAGGAAUAUCAACAACUUCAGGAGACACACAGAAUGUACUUACAAAAGCUGGAUGAAAUUUCCAAACUACAAAACAACUUCUCCUCCUCCAUUUCCCAUCAGCGAAAAAGACUGAAGGAGACGUCCCAUCUAGUGAAAAAAUGCAGCAAAAUACCAUCAGAAGAAGAUGCUAAAAACAUGGAUGAGAUAAGAGAGAAAAUCAAGACGUGGCCAAAUGCUUUCUUUGAAAUGGAAGCUUUUCUUCCCAAGAAAAAUGGGCUGUAUCUCAGUCUGGUGCUUGGAAAUGUGAAUGUAACUCUUUUCAGCAAGCAGUCAAAAUUUGCCUACAAAGAUGAAUAUGAGAAGUUCAAGCUGUGCUCCACAGUCAUCCUGCUGCUGUUCUCCUUCAUAUGCUAUUUCUUUGCGAACUACAGAUUUUUCGAUGCAAUCCUCAAUUUCCUGCUGGUGUGGUACUAUUGUACAUUAACUAUCAGGGAAAGUAUCCUCAUCACUAAUGGCUCCAGAAUCAAAGGCUGGUGGGUUUUUCAUCACUACAUCUCAGCUUUUUUGUCCGGCGUGAUGCUGACAUGGCCAGAUGGGAGCCUCUACAAGAUAUUCAGGAACCAGUUCCUUGCCUACUCAUUGUAUCAAAGUUUUGUCCAAUGUCUGCAGUGCUAUUAUCAGAGUGGAUGCCUGUACAGACUACGAGCCCUGGGAGAAAGACACAACAUGGAUGUGACCGUGGAGGGAUUUCAGUCCUGGAUGUGGAAAGGGCUGACGUUUCUUUUGCCCUUCCUCUUUUUUGGUCAUUUCUGGCAGCUCUUCAAUGGCCUCUCUCUCUUCAGAAUGGCUCAGCUCCCAGACUUUAAAGAAUGGCAGGUCUUGAUGUGUGGCCUCUGCUUCCUUAUUCUGUUCAUGGGAAAUUUCUUCACCACUGUUGCUGUGGUUCGUCAGAAGUUCAAGAGCAGGAAUCAGAAACCAAAGAGUCUGUGAUACACUAAUAAUAAAAUAAAAUGUUAUCUCGCAUGUUCCUCUCCAAAUGAAAGCUCAUAUCAUCAUUAACACUAUAACAGCAAGUUAUUGUAAGUCUUCUGCCUAUUACCACAAAACGUGCAGUAUAUA